AUGGGAAGCUGUGUCUCUAAGGGCAAAGACGAUGAUGAUUCAGUCCAUAACGUUGAUUUUGCCGGUGGCAAUGUUCAUCUCAUCACAACAAAAGAAAGCUGGGAUGAGAAAUUAGCAGAAGCUGACCGUGAUGGCAAAAUAGUUAUUGCAAACUUCAGCGCGACUUGGUGUGGGCCUUGUAAGGUCGUGGCACCGUUUUACAUCGAGCUCUCUGAGAAACAUCCUUCUAUCAUGUUCCUUCUUGUUGAUGUUGAUGAACUCUGCGAUUUUAGCUCAUCAUGGGACAUAAAGGCAACACCAACCUUCUUUUUCUUAAAGAAUGGUCAGCAAAUAGGGAAGCUUGUGGGAGCUAACAAACCUGAGCUACAGAAGAAAGUCACUUCCAUCAUUGACUCUGUACCUGAAAGUCCACAUCGGCCUUGA